ACACGUAGCUUCAUUGAUGAUAGUCCUGGGAGGUUAAAUAUUAUCCCCGAUCACUUUCAAGUCUCAACCUCUGGUGAGGACACUCCUCAAACCAUAACUUCAUCUACUGAACAGCCAAAAAUUGAUAAUUCAUCCAGGUCAAGUAGCCAUUUCUGGUCUGGGAGAAAACUACAAAGUGCUGCAUUCAUGCUGAAUUUGUUUAGCCUGCGAAGGCUGUCAUGGGGUUCUAGCACCAAUGGUCAGGAAAAGGUUGAGUUAAGUGUGGUAGAGUUAGAAUCGCUUCGAUCAGAACUUGCUUGCUUAGAAGAGAGGGAAGCUCAUUUGAAAGCUCAGUUGCAACAUGUUGAUGAAAUUCUGCGCUCUGCUCGGUUCUCUGGUUAUUUGUACAUCCGAACUAGAUGGACAGCUCUACCUGGGGAGCCUCCACCACUUGAUGAUGCCGAUGUAGAUGAUUGGCUUCCUCGCUUUGUUGUCCUUAAUGGACCGUGCAUCUUUUUCUAUUUGUUGUCCACAGAUUUGAGUCCUCAAGAUUCCACUCUAUUAUCAGAUAUUGUUGAAGUAGGUUCUCUCCCAAGCCUUACGCGAGAAUCUGAUCAGACAUGGCAUUCCUUUUAUAUCUUAACUCGUCAAGGGCUGCGAUAUGAAUGCUCAAGCAUUUCUGAAGUACAGGUGGAUUCAUGGCUGAAGGUGUUGCAGACUGACAUCAAGUCGGGUUCUGAGACAAAAGUUCCGAAUGGCUCCAGGGAUGUGUAAAAUAUGCUUGUUUUUAACAGUAAGCUCUGUGCAUUGCAAAAAUAUGCUGUUACGCUUUAGAUUCAUGAACUUUAGACUGGAUUAUGAUAUCACUAACUCAUUCGUUGUAAAAAUAUUCUGUUACGCUUUAGAUUCAUGAACUUUAGACUGGAUUAUGAUAUCACUAACUCAUUCGUU